GCUGCCGGCACCCAUCGGCAGUGCUCCUUGGGCUCAGGAAAGGGUGGGGGUCCGUCUGUCCAGCAGCAUACAGAGGACAUGGCCCUCAGCGCAACAGUUUGGGGGCUCCUGUGGGCUCUCUCCUCCGUGGCUGUGACGGCUUCGGAGACAGAAGGGCGCCUGCUGGAGGCCCUCUCCCAGAACUACAGCACAACGGUGCGCCCAGCCAGGAGCAUCAGCGACAAGGUUCCCGUACAGAUUGGAAUGUCCCUCUCGCAACUGAUCAGCCUGGAUGAAAAAAACGAACAACUGACAACCAAGGUCUAUAUGGAUCUGACAUGGACAGACUAUCGCCUCACCUGGAAUCCUGCUGAUUACGACGGGAUCACCUCCAUUGGGAUCUUUUCUGAGGAAGUGUGGCUCCCAGAUAUAGUCCUAAUGAACAAUAAUGACGGCGGCUUUGACGUUGCUCUGAGUGUGAGUGUCUUGGUGACCAAUGAGGGAAUCGUUCGGUGGCAACCACCAGCUGUUUACCGGAGUAGCUGCAGCAUUCAGGUCACCUACUUCCCCUUCGACUGGCAGAACUGCAGUAUGACCUUCCGCUCAUACACCUACGACGCCUCCGAGGUCACCCUUCUGCACCCACGGAAGGAGGAUGGGGAAGAGCUGAAGGAGAUUAUCAUCUACGAGAACGCCUUUAUUGACAAUGGGCAGUGGGAGAUCCGGCACAAAUCGGCCCGCAAGAACACCCUCCCUGGAGACCCCCUUUAUGAGGACAUCACCUUCUACCUCAUCAUCCGCCGCAAGCCCCUCUUCUACCUCAUCAACGUCAUCAUCCCUUGCGUCUUGAUCACCAUCCUGGCCAUCUUUGUCUUCUAUCUCCCCCCGGAUGCAGGGGAGAAAAUGACCCUCUCCAUCUUCGCUCUCCUCACCCUGACGGUGUUUCUGCUGCUGCUGGCCGAUAAAGUGCCGGAGACGUCCUUGGCUGUGCCCAUCAUCGUCAAGUACCUCAUGUUCACCAUGACCUUGGUCACCUUCUCCGUCAUCCUCAGCGUGGUGGACCUGAACCUGCACCAUCGCUCGCCCAACACCCACGAGAUGCCCUUCUGGGUGAGGCAGAUUUUUAUCCACAAACUUCCUCGGUAUUUGGGGCUGCGUCGUCCAAAGCCGGAACCCACCCUCAAGCCUGUCCCCCUACCCCCCAAACAGGAACCUGUGGUGAAAAGCAACCGGCGGGUGGAUGAGUAUUUCCUUCGCACCCCUGCCUGUGACUUCCUCUUCCCCAAACCUAACAGAUUUCAGCCGGAGGUGUUCUCCACGGAUAUGAAGAAAUUCAUCGAGGGGCCCAGCCACUACCUCGCCCUCCCCCCGGACCUGAAGUCAGCCAUGGAUGCCGUCAUGUACAUUGCCGAACAGCUGCAGGAUCAAGAGGACUACGAUGCGCUGAAGGAGGACUGGGAGUAUGUGGCCAUUGUGGUGGAUCGCCUCUUCUUCUGGACUUUCAUCACCUUCACCUCUGUCGGUACCCUCACCAUCUUCCUGGAUGCCAGCUACAACCUGCCCCCCGAGCACCCCUUCCCCUGAAUUCCUGCCCUUCUUCUCUACACUGGGCACCCUCUUGCCUUUCCAGCCACAAAGACCUCAAGGCCCACCAGGAGGGCAACAAGGCAGAAAGAACUUGAGCACCUUCACGUCUGCCAUCAGCUCAAACUGUCAGUGGCGUCCUCCGGAUUUUAAUCUACGCUGGAAGUGAGCGGUUGAGCUAUUGCUGUGGUUGGCUGUCAGUUUAUAAGCAUUAGGUGGCUGCGAGUAUUUGGCCUCAUGAUGACCCACAGAAUUCCUGCUAGCGGAGCUCCAGUAGAUCUAUUCAUGAAUUCAAACAAUGUUAUAAAUAAUGACAAUUCCCUCGCAUAAAUUAGAAAAUAUGUUAAACUCUCCUUACUUUCAUGGAAUUAUGAUGAACGUACCAGUAUGAUGUGAGACUAUCCCAAUGGGCUAAAUAAGUGUCCUUUUAAACUACGCCAGGAGUCGCAGUCCUACUUACUCCCGAUUUACCUAUCCCGUAGGCUUUCUUUUGAUAUACCCUGUGGAGUACCAAAAAUGAGAAUAAAGACCGCUGUGCUCUACAGUGAACAAUCCCACAACACCAUUUUUGUGUGUGUCACAGAAGACGGAGAUCUUCACGGAGCCAUCGGAUGU